AUGUCAGACCUCUCAGUAGACAACAUCACCGCGCACACCAUCCAGACCAACUCAAGCUGCCCCGACCCUCGAACCCGCUACAUCUUCGAACGCCUAGUCACCCACCUCCACGACUUCGCCCGCGAAACCCGCCUGUCCACCCCCGAAUGGAUCGCAGCAAUCACCUUCCUCACCCAGACCGGCCAGAAAUGCACCGACACCCGCCAGGAAUUCAUCCUACUAUCAGACAUCCUCGGCCUCUCCUCCCUGCUCGACUCCAUAGACCACCCAUCCCCGCCAGGCACAACCCAGGGAACUCUCCUGGGCCCAUUCCACACACACGACGCACAACACCUCCCCGCCGGAGCAGCAAUAUCCCACGACACCUCAGGAAAGCCGCUAUUCGUCCUGUGUACCGUGCGAGCAACGGAUGGAACACCCCUUAAGGACGUGCAGGUGGACAUAUGGCAUGCUGACUCCACGGGACUGUAUGACGUGCAGUACCCCCAGCGAGACACACCAGAGGGGAGAGCCGUGCUUCAUUCCGAUGCGAGCGGCAGGUUCUGGUUCAGUGCUAUCCAGCCUGUUCCUUACCCCGUGCCGGACGAUGGGCCAGUAGAUGCGGUGUUUGGCGUCAAGAGCUCGCUGGUAGUCGAUUAUGGCGUCGUAGACGAAGCCAUGGGUGCAGAGUACGGUGUUCCUGCAGGCAUGGCGCUGCUUAGACAUGAGUUCGUGCUAGCUACCGUGGCCCAGGCGCGGGAGGAGCGAGAUCGUAACUCCAUCGAGGCAUUGAGGAAGUUGGGCCGCAAUGUCAAGAUCGUAGAUGGAUUGCCUGUUCCUGACGUUGAUUAG